CUCUCUGCUUUGCCCAAAGCUAUCAUCUCGUCCAUCCCUGUCAUCGCGAAUAGAAGUUUUGUAUGUCUGUGACCGCACUGUCUUCUGUACUACUAUACAGCUAUUUGAUCGCCACAAUGUCUGUGGAAACCCUCGAUACCCUUCAUACAACAUAGCGUCCACCUUCCACAGGUCGACCCGACAAUCAUACCACCAAAGAUGACCUUGUUCCCGCUUGGCAAGAAGGCUCGAAGAAGGAGUUCUAUACAUCCUUACCUAGCCGGUAACUUUGCACCGGUCUUGGAGGAGUACAUCAGUCAUCCGUGCGAGAUUAUUGAAGGAGUCGUACCGGAAGAGCUACAUGGUAGUCAAUACGUUCGGAAUGGAGGCAAUCCUGUCAAUCCCCCAGAUGAGGGGCGAAACUAUCACUGGUUCGAUGGGGAUGGCAUGCUUCAUGGUGUCUUCUUUCCCAAAGCGACGGUCGCAGGAGAAUCGCCCUCGCCCCCGCUUUAUACCAAUCGCCACGUCUCGACCCCCAUCCUCUCGCUCUCCCUGAUGCUGCUCAGAGCACCUCUUCCCUCGAUAUCUCUCCUCAUCUCGCCCUUGACAAGCCUUCACAGGAUACUGGGCGCUAUCGUGACGACAUUUCUGCUAGCGUUCGAGGCCGGAGUCGGUACGCUCAGCGUGGUCAACACCAAUGUCAUCUGGUGGGGAUCGGGUCUGGGCAGCGAGGCGGAAGAGGAGAGGAGUAAGGAAGGCGCAGAUGGUGUGAUCAAGAAGACGGGAAGGCUGUUGGGGACUUGUGAAUCUGGACCGCCGAUGGAAAUUCGAGUGCCCGAGCUGGAGACCGUGGAAUGGGACCGCCUGGAGGAUGAGCAAGGCGAAAGUCUCAGGGAGAAGUACGCCAAGUGGGAUCCAAGAGGAUGGAGAUUGGCUAGGUUGCAAGAGGACUGGAUGACCGCUCAUCCUAGGGUUGACCCUGUCAAUGGGGAUCUGGUGUUCUACCAAUGUACGAUGUUCGAGAAACCGUACCUUAGGUAUUCUGUCAUAGAUCGGCACGGGAAGCAUCGCACAUGGAAGAUGGGUAUCGAUAUCGGCAAGGCGAAGAUGAUGCAUGAUUUCGCUUGUUCGCGCAAAUUCACCAUUUUCCUCAACUUGCCCCUCACAUUAUCGCCCUUCAAUAUGCUCUCAUGGCCACCCCGCCCUAUGAUCCAUUUCGACCGCAACCUUCCGUCGGAGUUUAUCAUCAUGCCGAGAAGGACGGACGCCUCUACCAAGCCCAUCCGCUUCAUCGACCCGGAGCCCAGCAUGAUCUUUCAUACGGCCAACGCUUGGGACGAUCAGUGCGAAAAGUCAGGAGACGCCGUAAUAGACAUGGUCGCUUGUCGAUUCAAGAGCGCCAAACUCGUCUAUGCUGCAGGGGCGGUGGCUAUUCCCGCCGAAGAAGUCCGAGCAGGUUUCGACGAUGUCGUCCGGUUGCAUUACUACCGGUUCCUCUUCGAGAGCGAUGGAGCUCACCGAAUAUCUCAUAAUUUCCCCUUGAGCGAGAUCCCUUUCGAAUUUCCAGCUACGCACCCGUCGAAAUCGAUGAGCAAGGCUCGAUUCGUCUACGGAUGCAGUAUGCGGGAAGGCGGAUUCGAUGAACGGCUCGGUGGAGCUGCCAAAGUUGAUGUGCUGGUCAAGGUCGAUGUGAUCGCCCUGAGCGAACAGGGGAGACUUCGAGGGGAGGGCAAAGCGAAAGCGGUUGAUCAGCGGACGGUGCUCCAAAUCCUGGAAGACCACAAGAAUGGGAGGCAUGAUGGCAUACAAGUGUUCGUCAUGCCGUCCGGUUGGUUCGCACAGGAAAGCCGGUUUGUUCCCAGGAAUAUCGAAGGAGCGGAUGAGGAUGACGGGUGGCUGUUGACGUACGUCUACGAUGAGCAAUACAUCGAUGCGUUUGGUAGGGCUUCAAACGCUCCAGGGUCCGGAUCGGAACUUUGGAUCAUCGACGCCAAAACGAUGUGGAAAGGUCAAUCGAGCGUUGUCUGCCGGCUCAAGUUGCCGCAGCGAGUUCCAUAUGGAUUGCAUGGUACGUGGAUCCCAGGCGCACAUGUGGACAUGCAGCGGGACCUCGAGCAUCCGAUCACGCCACAACCGACACUGGUGCACAAGAUCAUGGCCUCACGGUUUCGCCACUUCGUCGACAUCUUCACCGCCCGACCCAGAUCGCGUUCAAGGACUUUGGCAGAACGUAUGGCGUUCUGGGUACUCUUCUUGGGCUCAUGGAUAGCACUUGGCCAAGCGGUUUUGGACAUCAGCAAUGACCAGGACAUGCGGCAAGGAGCGGUCGCCUGGCUUUCUUCGCAUAAGUCGAGCUUGACGCGUUACUUGGAACCAGUAUCGGGCCUGCAGCUGCUGGGCGGCCUGGGUAUUGGAGGUGUCUUGCUCGUUCUGCUAGGCGGGUCAAUAUCGUAACCAACCGCGGUGCAACAUUCGGCCCGGAAUCCCGGCCUCGGGCAUCGGGCAACGGAAGAACGACGAGCAGCGACCAACGUUCCGUAGCAUCAGCGAAACUAUAUAGAUCUAUAGAUGUGUUACAAGACUGUAUCGGACCCAACCCACUUUGUAGCCGA